UUAUUUCUCCACUUAUGCAGGUCAUUUGGCGACACAUUGAGCAAAUCUCUGAAAUAGUUGUGGACUUCAGUGGGUAACGGUGCUGUAUUUGCUGUGUUAAUUGUUCCACAAAGAUCAAUUAGAACUCCGAUUCUCCCAUCUCAAGCCAUCACCGCUCUGGCCAGAGAUUAGCAUGUUCAGUCACUUUCCCAGCGCCGUGCCGUAGAGAUGAAAUUACAGUGUUUCCUCCUCACACUGUGGCUCUUCUCCCGCACCUCUGCCGAGAGUCACAGCUUGACGCGGGAGAAGCGCUUCCUCAUCUUCCCACCGACUGCUCCCACUCGGCACCAAUUCAUCUUCGGCAUUGGUAUCCCCCUGGAUCUGGAGUCGGUCGCCGUGACCACAGGAUAUGUGCUGAAGGCGCAGUACUUCCUCCCCACGACGCCUGAGCAUUUGCGCAUCAGUCCCGUGUGGGAAACGAAGAAGACCCGACGGGAUGCGCCCUCCAAUCACUCUCACAUCCUCCCGGACCUGCUGGAGGGGCACAGGGAGGUGUACAACGCCGACAGUGUGCUCAUUGACGGGAACUCGAUAGCCGUGGACGAGGAGGACUGGGAGUGGAUGAGAGACGACGAGGAAGAUGACAAGGAGGAGGAGGAGAAGGACGUGGACGAAGCCUUUCCCACCGACGAUGACUUCACCAUCGAUCACACACGCUGGCACGUUUACAGAGGACUGGAGGCCAUCGCCAAUGAGCGUGGCUUUGGCGGACGUGCGUGCGUCCUGAGGGUGAUUUGCGAGACCGCCGAGGUGCCCUUCAACCGCAAGAGUGGCAUUCUGGCCGAACUCAUCCACAUCCUCCUGACGCCGUCCACAUCCAGCGAUCCCAUUUCGCAGCACUCGGACAACGAGUACUUCAGGGCAGAGCAGCUGGGCCGCAGCGGCGUGUCCUGCGCCAGGGAGUUCCGCGAGUGCUCCGCCUCGCUGCUGGACGUCGUGUCGGCCAUCCACAAUCCGCUGGUGGAUGACAUAGUCAAAAUUCUGGCGUAGUA